CGGACGACAUUCCUCUGGACACGUUCAGGCAGCGGGCCUUAAAGACGCCGACGCGCAGACGCAGUAGACACGGUGAAUGCCGUACUGAGCAUGCGUAGCUGUGGCAAUAUGGCGACGUCCUGUUAGUGUGCAUGUGUUUUUGUGAGAUCGAAUAAGUUCGCGUUUGGAAGUUACAUUUGGUUUUCGUGGUUACUUGUAUACACCUAGAGAAGCAGAACCCCGACCGAAAUAUAAGCGGAGACGAGAAAGAUUGUGGCGACGCUGACGCGAGAAAUUAGAGAAAUCAGGGUUUCGUUUGGACUUCUGUUCCGGAAAGAAUGUCGGACCAGGGGGAGGAGUUUGACGGAGAGGGGGAGGUGCCUGAGACGAAGGGGGAGGAGUCUGGAGGAGAGGAGGAGGGGCCGAUGAGCGACGACACGGGGCCAGCCGGGGGCGAAGCUGGGCAAGGCCUCGCAGGGCCGGGGGCGACGGGGGGCGAGCGCUCGGCAGCGGGCACCAAGCCCUCGGGGAGGAGGGCGGUCCCGGGGGUCCUGUACCUGGGCCACAUCCCGCCCCGGCUCAGACCCAGGCACGUGCGCAACAUGCUGUCCGUGUACGGAGAGAUCGGGAGGAUCUUCCUGCAGCCCGAGGGUGAGGACCGCCACCCCGCUGUGGCCCCCGAGCUCACGCAGGAAGCUGUAGCCCGAGCUACAUCUCCGCCCACCUGCUGCAUCGACUGUCGUUCUGGUGGCCCUGAUGUCACAGACUCCCCACCUGUCUCUCGCACACUAACCCCCCCUCGCCUGCCUCAGUACCUUCACAGGUUCCAGUGGUGUCACCUGAGUGAGCGCCUGGCGUACGAGCAGACUGUGAGACAGCAGCGCCUGCGGGUGGAGAUCUCCCAGGCCAAGAAGGAGACCAACUUCUACCUGGCCAACGUGGAGCGGAGCCACAGCCUGGAGAAGCUGAAGAAGAGGAAGAAGAAGGAGGGUCAGAGCUUCCUGGAGAAGACCUGGGACUUCACCCAGCGGCCCACCGAGGACGAGAUCCGGCAGAGGCGCCUGCUGAAACAGAACCAGCCCCGGGGCCGGUCCAAGAAGGAGCUGGCGAAGGCGCUGGAGAAAGCCCGGGCCAUCCAGGAGAAAUCCCAGUCCAACGUUUCCCUGCUGGCCAAGAUCUUCAACACUGGGGCUUCCCAGGACAACUAGAUAAGGUUCCCGGGCUGUACCGGUGCAGACCGUGCUUUCCGGGACAUGUGAACAUCGGUGAAAAAUUUAUCGGGUGGUUCACUGUGGUUCAGUGAACUGUCCUUGGGUCUCCUGGCACACCUGAUCAAUACUAAUGCACAAGGAAUUAGAGGAAGUUUUAAUGUUGUUCCUGCUGACAUCUGGAAUGCAAACUGUGGCAUCAGGGCCACCAUAAGAUAAAUCCAUUGUACUAUUCCAUCUGGGCAGUAUAUUGACUGCCCACACACAGACAGUUUAGAUUUGGUUGAAUAUAAGGUGAUUGUUUAGUCCAGAGAAAACAGUGUUUUUAAGUCCGAAGCUCAAUAAGUGGCCACUCAUCUGAGCUGCCGUGAUCGCCUCUCGAUCUGGCACACCUGGGAUAGCUGGGCCUCAUCCUUCUUCCGGAACGGGACGGCAGACAGCAGACCGCCUUGGAGACGAGAAGAGCGACAGGUUCUUGUUCGUGGUGAAGGCUGGGACCUGCGGUCUGUCUCCGCCGGCGGUUACCUUUCCCCUGUUGACCCGCUGAGGAUUGGGAUGUGUGACCCGCUGAGGAUUGGGGAGGGGAGUGCAUCUCCAUUGGAUCCUGCUUCCCGGAUGUCCGAUUUAUCCGUUUCUCUCAUCUGACCGGUGAGGGAAGCCGCAGACUGCAGGGAACCUCGGAAGGGUGUUCGAACCACACCGAUGGACCUGGUUGGACAGCUCACCUGCCUUGGUCGAAGUUCUUUCAUGCUCUCUUGCUGUUCUGACUUUAUUGUAGCUCUCUUUGACAUCCGGGGAGAAGUCUCUCAAUAAACAGCCCAGUGUUGUGG